AUGCCCCCGAGGGCGGUGGGUUGGGGGCGGGACGACAGGGAUGGUCGGCAGUCAGUCGCCAUGGGGUGCGCCAGCAGCACACCGCUAGUGCAAGGAGCCAGCCCCCAGGGGGCGCCGCCUUACGACCUACGACAGGCCGCGGAUCCUGGACUACAGGAUGACUCGGUGGCGGGCAAAGUCCGUCAGACAGUCACGGGUAUGGCGGACGCCGUCCCGGUCCAGGAUCUCAUUGACGGGGUCUCUCACGCCAAAGACGAGGCCUUCCAUAAGCUCCACGAUUUUGGUGAGACGAUGAAGGACAAGGUGGAGUCUGUUGUUGAUGAGGUGGAAGACAAGAUCGGUUCUGCAUUUGGCACUGUGAAGGAGAAGACUGGAGAGGAAAUGGAUGAGGCAGUAGAGGCCCUGGACAAGGUAAAAGAAGAUGCGAAGGAGACGGCGGUGAAAGACAUAGAAGAUGCUGUGGAACAGGAGGUGGACACUAUGGUAGAAGACUUGGAGGAGAGCCUGCCUCUCCCUUCAUCCCAGGAUCUGCAGAAAAAGGAUUUUCAGAUGGACACACUAGAGGUGCGGCCUGGGUCUCAAGCGAGCACAGCGAGAUUGUCCAGGAAAUCUGGAGAGGAGGAAGUUGAAACGGGGGAGAAUGAUGCACCUGGUUCGGGUGAUUUACAGAAAGAUGAAGAUCAGAAGGUAGAACAUGACUCACUGAACAGUUUGAAGGAUGGAUCAGUAAAAUCUUUAAAAGUAGGAAGUGGACAAAGUAAUGGAGAUGAAUGUGAACAAAAGUCAUCUGACUCUGGUCUUGCAAUAGAUGAAGCGAAAGAGAGUGAUACAAACAUUGAAUACCCACAAGACAAAGAUGCUGAGUCCCAUCAUAGUCAGUCAAGAAAAUCCAGCACUUCGGAACCAACACAAGAGAAAAAUACUGAGGUAAAAGAAAAUUUCUCAAGGCACAAUAGCAGUGAAAUUGAUGUGACUCAAGGUGAAGAAACAGUUAUAAUAGAAAAUGACACACCGCUUACUGCUAUUCCAAUAGAACGAAAAGAUACACCAAAACAAGAAGAUACUGAAGAUGACAAAGAAAAGGAUGGAAAACAGUCACCUCUUUCUGUUGAAUUACCUCCUGAGGUAAAAGCAGAAAGUCGAUCUGGCUCUGUAGAGCAAGAAGAAACUGCUACAGUAGAUUCUGAAACUGUUCACCAAACUCCAACUCCAACAACUUCCUCUCAAGAUAACAAUUUGAGAUCUCAAUCAUCGAGUAGUAAUGAUGUAAGGCAACCUGUUGUUGAGACCCCUGUAGAAGCUACAGUCAUCCCACCCACAGAAUGUGAAAUCCCUGCAGAAGAUUCGGAAUUGGCUCAAACUGUCAGCAAUAAUGAAGAAUCGAACAAUUUAACAAAUAGUCCAGAUGGUAAAAAUGACUCCGCAAUAUCAUCUUCAUCUAUCAGCCCAGAAAAAAAUUUGCAUGACCCAGAUCUUGAUGACAGACAAGGUACACCAGUUAUAGAAGUUGCAUAAAGCUAACAUAGAUAUCUGUCAUAGUAUAAUUAUUCCCAUUAAAUAUAAUAACGGGGUUUCAAAGCAAUUUCUAUUAUAUUUUGGUUAACUGAAGGAAACAAUGUCAAAUUAACACUGUCACUACCUAUCCUGGAACUAAUGUAUUGGGCAAAUUGUUUGAAUUUUGUCAAAAUAUGAUGAAUACAAUUCACCAAACUUGUUGUACAUUAGCUGUAAUGUAGCACACAGUUUUUAUUAAAUAAAGAUGAGGGGUUUUCUUGAGGGGGUAUUAUAUAAAUUGCAGUACUGUACAUUGUUGCACUUUAUGAAAAUUAAUUCAAAGAGAGGAGUAUUUAUUCAAUGUGGAAUCUUUAGACCAGUUAUGUGAUGACAUGUGGAUGUUCACUGCAGCAUGACCCAGUUACUCAUAGUACACUUUUAGUUGAGAACUCUGUCAUUUUACUAAUUUAAUUGGGAAUUGGAAUGGCAAGAGAAGUAUAUUUUAUAAUUGUUACAAUGAAGUAUCUUAUUACAUGUGUUACAUUAUUUAGCCAAUUCAAUAAAUCAAUCAUAAUCUUUGUUUACAUUUUCUUUAAGAAAAGUAAUGGUGUCAAAUAUAUAAAAUAAUGAUAUUAUUAACUAAGAAGUCAUCUCCUGAUGUUUUCAAAACAUUCUUGGAUCUUGUACAUGGGUCGAUCCAUCAGCUAGGUGUCCAUUCUUUGUUUUAAUUCAGCUCCAGUUAGGACUCUGAUGUCAUCUGGUAGGAGGUUGAAAACGUUCCGAUGUAGAUUGGCUUCUUUUCGAACAGAGCUGUUCUGUCUUGGGAGAGGGAUUCUUGAUGAAUUCCUUGUGUUGUAACUGUGGUUUCUGAUUUCUAUGGGAAGACCAAUUUUGUCAACCAUUUGUUCAUUCUUUUACUAUAUAUCAGCCUCAAUCUAAAGUUUAUGUCUUUCAACUAAUUUAUAUAAAUAGUGUGUGGCAUGAGUCACAGGUGGCUCAUUCAUUACCAGUGGUUUAGUGGCACAUUUUCCAGUGUUGGAACGCUAGGUACAUUUGACAAAUUAAAAGGAAAUUUGAAUGUAUAUUAUUUCCUAGAAUGCCUACAAUAGCUAUGAGUAUAAAAUUGAAUAACGUAUAUAAGCUCAUGGAAUAACACUGAGCCUUCAGGACGUUAACUUAUAUUGAAAAUCACAAGAAAAAUAAAAUAAAGAAAUAGUAAUUUUAUUAAGCAUUGUUAUGAAGGUUCAACUAAAUUUACUAUCACAACCUCUUCUUUAAAUUAAACAUAUAUUCCAAAAAUCACAAGGAGAGAAAUAAAACAAAAAUACAAUAAAUUAACUGUUUAUAAAUAGUCAGCAAAUACGUUCUUCCACUUCUUUCUGUCAGGUUGAGCUCGUCCUCGUUCUAGUGUCAUCAGCUGAGUGGCGUUGUUGUAGUCAUGUCCUGACAUAGCCCUAUGGUUCCUAUGUCCAGAUGUUUGCUCCAUUCAGCUUGAUAAACAUCUUGAUACAUGAUACAUGAUAGCUUGACACAUGUCUGAUGGUAAGUCUCGAUCUAGAUGGCGAUAUAAUUACUGUCACUGUAGAUGGUUUUUUGCUGCUUCUAGUGGGAAAAGUCUUCUAUCAAGGUUGUUAAUUAAACUUGAUAAUAACUGCUGGUCAUUAAUGGCAGAUAUUUUUCUAUUACUUGUUAAGGGGACACCAUCAAAGUUACCUUAAAUUGCAGCUCUUUUGGCCUCAAAGUAUUUAGUACCAUGUUUCUCUUUAAAGCAUUUGAAAAAAGCAAUUGCCCUUUGUAUGAUUUUGUCUGCUAGACUAUAGUUAUUUCCCUGUUUUUAAGACAUUCUGAAACCAUCAACAACUCUGCUAAUAUGUUGUAUAUAUCGUCAAAUGUGACAGAAAUUGAGUUGUUAUGAGGCGUUUGAUUAAUCCUCUAUACAUCACUCGUUCAGUAGUGGUUCUGUUUUUGUCUUCUUGGGCCUUCUUAAAAUGGGAGUACAAUGCUUGAUAGCCAUACUAAACUGUCGUUACUGAUUUGAAGGAACUGGAUACCCACUUUAUGCCCAAGAAAACCGAUUUCAUUUAUCUACAAAUCAAGUUCACUAGCACACUCUGCUAGUUCGCUUUGAUUUUUAAGUGAUUUGCUAUAAAGAGUAUAUAGUUUAUCAAUACAAAUUUGAAAGUGGCUAUAGGCUCCUACGUCAUUUAUUGAAUCACUUGGUGAUGAUUCUAACUCUAUGAUUCAUUAGUAGUUUUAAUACGACACCAAAUAUCUUUCUUAACAUGACACUAGCACCAUCACAGGCAAAUGCGACUAAACUCAAACAACCUAAAAGAGCGUCAUAAAUAGAAUCAGAAAUUUGGUUAGUCAAUUCAAUCAGGUCCAAGAAUAAGACAUGUAGUGGAAGAUCUUUGCUACUUUCAUUUUUUAAAUAAACAAUUAAAGUAGACUUAUAGCUAAAGAUAGACACUAAGACAUCACCACACCUAACUAAUGCUGGACGCUAGAUGCACAACAGACAGGUGAUGCUGCUUUAGCACCCUCUGGAAUAAGCACCCUCUCGGCUUUGAAGUCAUGACAGGGGGUGCUAAUUCAGGCACACAGCCCAGCAAUAAAUAGUGGUGAUGGGGGCGGUGGAUUAGAGAAGCAAAGAGGGAGGGUGGAUCAACCCGCCACCGGCUGGCAAUUACCGACCUUGCAAACACCCAAGUCGUGCGGUUUGCAAUAUUCUAUGCAUAGUCUAGAGUACAAGAGAGGUUAUUUUUGAAAUCAGAUAGUAAUUCAUAUUAUUACUGAAUAAAGAAGGAUUGAUCAACGUCAGUCUAGUUCUAGGUUAUAAAUUUUUGUAAAACAUUGUGUCACUAUUGACAUAAAUCAUUUUAUGCCAAAUUAAUAUUCAGUAAAAAUUGGCCAUUUCGUUAUCUGCCCAAAACUGCAAAACCAGUGUGGAAAUACUGUUCCCACGUGUUCCCGCUCCACUACACCACUGCUCAUUACAUUUAAAAUUAAACACCAGACAUGGUGGUACUCCCUAACAACACAAUCUGGUAGUCCUGCCAUUUCACCUAAAGCACUCUAGUGCUGAUCUACCAUAAACAAUCUGUCCGUCUUCUUCAUGAGUCAUACAAUACAUGUGGUUUACUGAAAUAAUACAUCUUUAUGAGUCAGCGGUGACUCACAUCGUAAUACAGUAAAGAUGACUAAAUUUAACAAUGCAGCAAACAUGAAAAUCUGUGAGAAGAUGAAUGGUACAAAUUACUUUGUAAAAUAAAGAUCAUUAGUUUGUAACAAUGCAACUGAAUGUGAGAUUAUUACAAUAAGCAAACUUUAUUGACAUCAAACAACGGACUAACCACUUCGUAUAAUGGUAAACUGUAUAUAAAUAAUUUAUCACAAACACUAGAUACACGAGUUUCAUUUCAAUACUGUUGUUUUCAACCUCCAAGAUGCUUUACACAUUGUUUUUAAUGUAUUAGUCGAGAAGUUACUUUUUAAUAAUUUCAAUGAGUUUUCCUAAUAAUCCUAUAUUUUUGAGAGCAUCUAUAUAAUUGGGGAUGUUAACAGUAAUAAUAUUAUGAAGAGAUUUAUACCCAAUUAUAGAUGCAAUAUAGAACUGUCCACUUUUUCAAACUGAAAUUAUCAACAAAUUACCAAAUACCAAUAAUAAUAGACUUGUAAUAAAAAAUUAAUGGCAAAUGUAAAAUAUAAAACAAAAAAAGAAAAUAAAUUGAUAAAACAAAUAUGAUAAGUUAAUAACAACAAAUAAAUAAAUAAAUUAAAAUGAGACAUGGAACAGAAAAAGUAAUGGUUAAUAGGACUGUUACGGACAUUCUCCAUUCUUAUAUCCCAUGUUAACAAGUAUAACUGAAGCAAAACAUUUCAAGAACUAAUAUCUGGUCUCUUCUUCAAGUUAAAUCUUUAAACAACAUAAUGGCACUGAAUAUGUCAAAGUCAAGUAACAGGAGGAAUAGACAAGUUGUAUACAUAUAACCUCUCACUAAUAUCAAGUAAGUUAUAAAAAAACUUUGAUACUACAGUAUAGGCCUAAUAGAUGCUAUUUAUUAUACCUAAUAACAUUUUCCAAAUCAUAUUUUAUGUAAUAAAUAUAUAUUCUUUUCAUUUUAAAUGGCCAUUACAAAACUAAAAUAUCUGAUUAUUGACAGAAUUAUUGAGGUAAAUACCUGUGAUGAUACCAAUGUUGUAUAGUUAAUUUUUUCCCCCAAUUCUUAAAUAUAAGUUUUAAUUAUUUAGAAUUUUUGUUGAAUCUGUUUUGUGGUGUUGCAGUGGCAUUGCAUGUUUUAAACCAGGAUGUAACUUAUGAAGCUUAUCUUAUUAGACUUGGAAAUGUGUGCCUUUAACGAAUAGCUUUGUAACCAAUACUUUCUACUUGCUCUUCUGGUUAAACAUUGUUCAUUACUUGAGUUUCGAGGUUAAUUGUAUGAGAGGUAAUAAAACGCACAAUAUUAUUUAUAAUCUUAGCAUUCAUAGUUUUUAUAGAGUAUUGUUUAAAAAAUACUGUACAAUUCAUUAGUUAAUGCAACUGUUUUUUAUACAAUGCAUAUUUUUAGUUUCUAUAGGUUGUAAACAAUUUAUUUGCUGAUGUGUUGUUUUGGUUGUGCUGCACCAUAACAGAUAUUUUUCAUAAACACUGAGCGAAGUAGUGAAGAAGUAGUGUUUUCUUUUACUGCUGAGAGAAGAAAAAUAUAUGAGUUUUGGUUUAUUUCAGCAAGUAUUAAAAUACUGUAAUAGUUUUGACCUCCUACUCCUACACAGUUAAAUUAUUAGAUAUCAUUAUCCUGAAUUUUGUAAUUGCAUUUUAUUGAAAAAAUGUGUUGUCAAUUCAGAGAUCACAGCAUAAGUGUUUAAUUAUUUGAUUGUAUUCCCUUGUUUAGCUUGAGCUCUCACAGGAAAUAUAAUCACAUGUGUACUGAAAACCCAAUUUUGAUGAUAUACAUGAUGACAUAUUCACUAACGAAGGCUAAUAAAUGUCACCUCUCUGAAGGUUAUUAGUUUGUUUAUGUUCAAUCAUUUACAUAAACAAGCAAAAAAUAUUCAAAAAUAAAAUCCAGGUAGUAAACGUAGAAGUGUUCUACUUCAUAUAAGCCAAUUUUAGCUGUAACAGUGGUUUAGGAAUCACAAUUUUUGAAAAGUCAAAACAUCAGGAAUUUUGCAAAACUUAUCACAUAAUUUAUAUAUUAAAAUAAUAAAAAAUAACAAACAUUCCAAUACCUAUAAUAUCAUUUUAAUUCAAGCUGGCAAACACUGGAACCGGUCAUGCUAUGUCCAAAAGUUCUUUGGGAAAUCGUAUAUUUUUAAUAUAAUUUUUAUUCUUUCAUUUUUGGAUGAGAUUUUCUGGAUAUUCGAGCAACCAAUAUAUCCAGUAAAACUGGCUUAACUUGAUUGAUUCUGAUUCAACAUUUUUGUAUUUUUAAUAAUAAAACUGAAUUUCUUGAAUUGGCACAAAAAUAUGUUUGUGUUUUGUAUUAGAGGAUGUCUAUGAACCAAAAUAUACAUGUUUAAAUAACCUUAUUACCAAAUCUCAUUUUUGUUAUUUUGUAAUGUAUUCAAAACAUUCAAAAUAAGCAACAAAACCAGAUGUCCUGUGGUCAGAUAGACAGAAUACAUUAUACAGAUAUCAAUUUGUACAAAUCCCCAAUAGACAAAAAAGAAAUUGUGUUAGCCUAUCAGCUCAUUCUAUGAAUCUUCCAGCCAAAUUCCAUGGUUGACACCACCAUCAUAAAACUUAUUCUUGUCUACAUAGAAAAGAAGUUUCAUGCACAAUUGAAAGCCUACAAAUGUUUAUCAAGAUAUCUUCUAAUAUGAUACAUGCACAAUUUUGUUAAUUUAAUUAGGUUUCAUAUGAGAGCAGGGCCGUGCGCAGAAUUUUAU